CCUCCGGACACUCAGCCCCACCCCUCGCCGGCAUUGGCCAACCAGCAAGCGCCGCCCUCCAACGCGUUUAGCUCCGCCCUGCGCCACCCGCGUGGUUUCCGUGCCGGGCAGCCGGGCGGAAGGGGAAGGCGGCCGAGGCCGGGGCUCCCCGGACAUAAGAUGGCGGCGAACAUGGUGCGGUUUCGGGGUGGCGCGUGGGGCCCGGCUCGCAGGUUUGGCCUGGCAGCCUACAGAAAAUACAGCAGUGGUGGUGGUUGCCCCGGUGUCCCUCUCACUUCUCCUCUGCCUGGAGUGCCUAAGCCUGUCUUCGCAACAGUUGACGGACAGGAGAAAUUUGAAACCAAAGUUACAACGCUAGAGAACGGACUGCGGAUUGCGUCACAAAACAAAUUUGGACAGUUCUGUACUGUAGGGAUUCUUAUAAAUUCAGGAUCAAGACAUGAAGCAAAAUACCUUAGCGGCAUUUCACACUUUUUGGAAAAGUUGGCUUUCUCUUCUACAGCCCAGUUUGGCAGCAAAGAUGAAAUUCUUCUCACCUUGGAAAAGCACGGGGGUAUUUGUGAUUGUCAAGCAUCAAGGGAUACCACAAUGUAUGCUGUUUCUGCUGAUGCCAAAGGCCUAGACACUGUGGUCAAUCUACUGGCUGAUGUAGUACUACAGCCCAGGUUAUCAGAUGAAGAAAUUGAGAUGACUCGAAUGGCUGUGCAGUUUGAGCUCGAAGAUCUGAAUAUGAGACCUGAUCCAGAGCCUCUACUAACUGAGAUGAUACAUGCGGCAGCUUACAGGGAGAACACCGUGGGACUCAACAGGUUCUGCCCCGUGGAAAACAUAGAGAAAAUGGAUCAGAAAGUGCUCCAUUCAUAUCUGCAGAAUUACUAUACACCUGACCGGAUGGUGUUGGCUGGGGUUGGGAUAGAGCAUGAGCAGUUGGUGGAGUGUGCCAGGAAGUAUUUGCUUGAUGUAGAUCCAGUGUGGAGAAGCGAGAAGCCCAAGCAAGUUGACAAAUCCGUCGCACAGUACACAGGAGGAAUCAUCAAGCUUGAAAAAGACAUGUCGGAUGUGAGUUUGGGUCCUACCCCAAUCCCUGAGCUGACCCACAUCAUGAUUGGGUUAGAAAGCUGCUCAUUUUUGGAGGAAGACUUCAUUCCCUUCGCUGUAUUAAACAUGAUGAUGGGAGGCGGUGGCUCCUUUUCUGCCGGAGGGCCUGGCAAGGGCAUGUUCACCCGUCUGUAUCUUAAUGUGCUCAACAGGCAUCACUGGAUGUAUAAUGCAACCUCUUACCAUCACAGUUAUGAAGAUACAGGUCUCUUGUGUAUUCAUUCCAGUGCAGAUCCUCGACAGGUCCGAGAAAUGGUGGAAAUAAUCACAAGAGAGUUCAUUUUAAUGGCGGGAGCAGUGGGAGAGGUAGAAUUGGAGCGAGCAAAGACCCAGCUGAAAUCCAUGCUUAUGAUGAACCUAGAAUCCCGGCCAGUUAUCUUUGAGGAUGUAGGAAGGCAAGUGCUGGCAACAAACACAAGAAAGCUCCCUCAUGAGCUGUGCUCUCUCAUCGGUAACGUGAAACCCAAUGACAUCAAGAGAGUGGUCGCUAAAAUGCUUCGUAACAAACCAGCUGUGGCUGCACUGGGUGACUUGACCGAAUUGCCUACAUAUGAACACAUUCAAGCAGCACUGUCUAGUAAGGACGGGCGGCUACCUAGGAUGUAUCGGCUUUUUCGAUAAAGCAGCAAAUGCUGUAUAGAACAGGAGACUUACUUUUUUAUAUACACAUAUUGUUCUUUGGAUUAUGUCACUGCAAAAAAGAAUAUUUACAUGCACACGGUGUAAAUAUGGAACUUCUCUUGUAGCUGAGACUGCUUCAGCUGUUCAGAAUGUGAAGUGUUCACGCUGGUAUAAGCUUACAGAGCGGACCCAGCUCUGAACGAGCACUUUGGCUAUCAAUAAAUUCUUCUGCCUUCUGCGGUA